AGAAGCUGCUGCGGCGCUGGAAGAAAACGAGAAGCUCAAGCUCACGCUGCAGCAGGCUCUGUUUCCGCUGCGGCACAUGACUCUGGCGCAGGUGCAGGCGAUGAGGGAGCGGCACGCGGGCCGGGAGCUGCCCGGAUUCAGUCCGUACAGUGCCGUGGAGGAGCUGAUUCAGGAGUUCAAGGGCAAGUGGUCGGCUCACGCCCGGGAGUGCCUGGAGGAGGUGGCGGAGGCGGCUCAGGAGCAGGCGGGGGGGCUGGUGGCCGAGACCUUUGAGCGCUUUCCCAAGGCGCUGCGGGCGGUCGGCAUGGCGCUCUCCGACUACAUUGAGGACCUCUCUGCCGAGACGGAACGCGGCAUCUCCAGCCUGAUGGACAUGGAGGAGUACGACACCUUCACCCUCAACGACCACUACCUGAAGGACCAGUUCACGACCUUCCUGGGCCGCCUGAAGCGGGCGUACCUCCGACCUCCGGCGUGGGGCCCUGACGAGAAGCGGGAGAUCACCAACCUACUUGCACAAUUAUCGGGUUACGGAGUUCGCUUCACCAACCACGAUGAUCUGUUCAUGGCUCAGCCGACGCCGGUCGAUG